CCAAUGCGUGGACACGUGUUUCCGGCUCUCACUUUUACGUCCGCAGUAACGCAGUAAAUCUUCUUUCGGUCUUAACCUAAGCUGGAGCGCUGCUCUUUUCCUCUCCCCUCUUUUAUUCCGUUGUACUUGGAGGCCGACUACUCAGUCAGCUAGCACAUCCUUCCCUUUUCCAGCAAUGGCGGAAGCUGCAACAAUCGAGAUACCUUCGCUAUCUGAACAAUAUUUAUUGAAGGAGAAAGAGGAGAAGGCUGAUGUAGGUUCAAAACUUGUGGAAGUAAACGAAGAAGUGAAACCUGAAACUGCUAUUUCUGAAGAGAAAGCUGAGGAAGCACCAACAGCUGCUGCUGAAGAGAAAGAGGAAGAUGCUGUUGCUGCUGCUGUUGAAGAGAUCACUGAAACUAAUCCUGCUUCUGAAAACAAUGGUGAAGAUGCUCCUGCUGUUGAGACAGAAGGCAGUGAAACUACCGAAGAGCAAAACUCAGAUGAACAAGAAGCUGCUGAUGAGAAACCAGAGAUAAAGCUGGAGACAGCACCAGCUGAUUUCCGUUUCCCAACUACAAAUCAGACAAGGCACUGUUUUACCAGAUACAUUGAGUAUCAUCGGUGUGUAGCUGCCAAGGGGGAAGGUGCUUCAGAGUGCGAAAAAUUUGGCAAAUAUUAUCGUUCUCUUUGCCCCAGUGAAUGGAUAGAGAGAUGGAAUGAGCAAAGGGAGAAUGGAACAUUUCCAGGCCCCCUGUAGAAGGUUCUUGUUUGAAGAUCCUUGUGCUGUUGGUUUUCUGCUGUAUCCAUGUUUUUACCACCAGAAGAAUUUCUUUGACGAGAAGUAUGUUCUUAGGGAAUGCCCUAUUUGAUCAGUGAGUUAAUAAGAAAUUUUGGCUUGUCCAUUUGAGUUGCAGCUCAAGUCUGACUAGAGGGAAUGUUGCUGCACUUCAUCUUUAUGAUGAAGCUUCUUUCUCCAUCAUUUCCCCAUCAUUUUUAACUGUCCUAUAAUGGUUACUGUUAGCAUUACUUUCUACAUAAUAAAAGAUAUACUGCUUCUUGAUCCCGCCAAUUUAAAAGAA